AGGUUUGUUGUUGAUACAAUCACAAGGAUUUGAAUCAAAUUUUCGUGACUUGAGUGAAGAAGGGCCUCUAUAUUGAAUCAUUGUUGAGAAAUUGUUUCUGUGGUGGUCAAUGGAGGUUUGGAUCUAGCAGUAUAUAACUAGUAUUUCUUUGAAUUGAAUCCUUUGAAACGUUGGCAGGUUCUAUACUCAAACAGAGUAGUUGUGGUUAGCGUGGUGUGAACGCUGUCAAGCUUUGACAGCUAUAUGGGAGAAAGCUUCUACUGUUAAAGAGAGAAUAUGAAGAGUUCAAGGUUAGGAUAAAUGCGCUUGUGGCCAAAGCCACAAAGGUUUCUCCAGAAGGGUGGAUUAUGCAAGAUGGGACACCAUUGCCCGGAAAUAAUACUAAGGACCACCCUGGUAUGAUUCAGGUCUUUCUUGGUCACAGUGGAGGCCUUGAUACUGAAGGAAAUGAGCUCCCUCGUCUUGUCUAUGUGUCUCGUGAGAAGAGGCCUGGCUUUUCACAUCACAAGAAGGCUGAUGCCAUGAAUGCCUUGGUCCGCGUCUCUAAAGUGCUCACCAAUGCUCCUUUCAUUCUCAACUUGGAUUGUGAUCAUUAUGUUAACAACAGUAAGGCUGCAAGAGCAGCCAUGUGUUUCUUGAUGGAUCGUCAAAUUGGAAGGAAAGUUUGCUAUGUCCAAUUUCCUCAAAGAUUUGAUGGCAUUGAUAGAAAUGAUCAUCAUGCCAACAGGAACACAGUCUUCUUUGAUGUCUGGAUGGAAUUCAAGGUUCGGUGUAUGUGGGCACAGGAUGUGUUUUCAGAAGGCAAGCUUUGUAUGGAUAUAAUCUUCCAAGGGGUCCUAAGCACCCAAAGAUGGUAAGCUGUGACUGCUGCCCAUGUUUUGGAUGCCGCAAGAAGCUUCCAAAGUAUUCCAAGAAUGAUGCAAAUGGAGAUGGUGCAAACCUCCAAGUAUAAGGAAUGGAUGACAAAGAGCUAUUGAUAAAUCUCUCCUUCCUCAAGCCCUGCUGCCAUGCUUUUGGAAGCCAUUC